CGCCCCCUCCGCUCUGGAGGGCGCGAAAACCCAAUUGACAAGAAGUCCCUCCGAAGCCAGUCGGUCCGAUUUGCGUUCGGCUUGCUGUCCCCGCUGGGGUCCCAGUCCCGAACGUCAAGCCUAAAGUGCCUGGCCCUGGAGAACCUCGCGGCUUACUGGCCGCGACCUAGGGUCCUGGUUGCCCGCCUUUUUUCACCGUCUCUUCCCGCGUUCGACUCGGCUGAGCCGGGCCCAGCCACUGCGACCGUUCUGGGCGGGUGGGCAGCGGGGAGUCCAAGACGGACCCGGCAUUCCACCUCCUAGUUCUUACGGGAGUCAGCCGCCUCCAUGGCCUCCAGGCAUGCCAGGCUGGGCCGUACAAGGUCCUAGGAGCCGGGAUUCCGGGAAGCAGGGAGCAUGGUGGGGGUCCUGGCCAUGGCGGCGGCAGCUGCUCCCACUGCGGUGAAGGACUACGAGAUUGAGAGAGAGAGGAAGGGAGAAAGAGAGAGAGAAAGACAUCGAUGUGAGAAUGAGAAACAUCAAUCGGUUGCCUCCCAUACACGCCCCAGACCAGGUAUCCAACCUGCAACCUAGGCAUGCAAAAAGCGAAGGAAAGAUGAUGACAGAUCUUCCUGUGAAACAAUUACAAGAUAUUUAUCACCAAUAGGGAAGACUGAAGACAGGGUUUUCUCUCAACCAAAAUCCAGUAAUAUUCUGGAUUAUUUUAGAAAGACUUUACCCGCAAAUGAGAAGGCUCAAUCAGCAAAAGAGUACAAACUAAAGCCAUCUGCACCAUUGCCUGCUGACGUUGGCAAGGACUGUAAAAUACCUUUGGAAAUGUUCUCAAAUGCAGAGUUUAAGAACAGAAGAAAGAGAGUUAAUUUAUCUCAUCAACUAAAUAACAUUAAAACUGAAAAUGAGUCUCCAAUUGAAAUUAGUAGUGAUGAUAGCAAAGAAGACUCUAGUUUAAAUCAUGAUUUUGUGGAGAGUAGUACUUCUGUUUCACUUUACAAGAAACAUGUAGAAAUACAUGCAGAAAGUAUUCAAGAUAUCAGAAACCAGUCAAGCACUAUGACCUCCAAAAAAAAUUCUAAGAAAGUAAAUCCCAAACAAGGGACCACAGAAAAUAGUUGUAAAAAAUUGAGGAAAAGGAAGCUCCGAGAGGUAAUAGACCUAUCUGAAAGUUUAUCCUUGGCAGAAGAACUAAAUCUCCUUGAAAAAGAUGGUAAAGAUAAUAAACAAAGAAUGCCUUCCCUAAUUAAUGAAAUUGAGAGUACUGCAAAUAAUAUAACUGAAACAACCCAGUUAACCGGGAGUACAAUAACUGUCUCGUAUGAGGAAUUUUUAAAAAGUCACAAGGAAAAUAAAGUGGAACAGAUACCAGAUUCUACAAUGUCAAUUUGUAUUCCUUGCAAAACUGUUGAUGAUAGAGUCAGGAGUGGCUAUAUAAGUGAUACAGAAAUCUGUGAAGUCUCCCAACAAGUACGCUUUAAAACAGUUACUGUUCUUGCACAAGUUCACCCCAUUCCCCCCAAAAAGAAAGGGAAAAUACCCUCAAUUUUCUUGAAACAAAAGCAGUUGGAAAUGGAAAAUAGUCUGUCUGAUCCUGAGAAUGAACAGACAAUUCAGAAAAGAAAAUCUAAUGUUGUAAUACAGGAAGAAGAACUAGAAUUGGCAGUAUUGGAAGCUGGAAGUUCUGAAGCUGUGAAAUCAAAAUGUACUCUAGAAGAAAGACAACAAUUUAUGAAAGCAUUUAGGCAGCCAGCAUCAGAUGCACUUAAAAAUGGAGCCAGAAAGUCUGAUAAGCAGAAAGAGCUCACUGAAAAAUCUUCAAAUGAGGAAGGAAGAGACAAUAAUUCAACAAAAAUCAUGGAAAAUCCCAAUAUCCAAGUGGUUUCAAAUAAUGGCAAUUCACAGUCACACACUAAUAAAGGAAGUUUUCCUAAGGAGAGAUGUAAAAAGAUGAAGAAAAAGAAUAAGAAAGUGUUAGAUACUGGUGUUACUUUGGGUGAAAAUAGAGAGGGAAAUACUCGAAAGAAAGAAACAACUUUUUCCUUUAAAGGUAAACAAAAUAAAAAUAGGCUUAGAAUGAGUUUAAGACAAAAGAAAAGAGAAGUUUUCAAAAACAGCCCUUUAUUUAAUAGUGAAAGUCUUGUCUGUGAAGAUACAACAAAUGAUGACCCUCUAAAGAUUUUUUCUCUUCGUAACAGUAAGUCUUCAAGAAAAACUAGCACACCAGUUAAGGAUAAGGUUAUACAUUCUACAGCUGAAACUGAAGACUGCUUGCUAAAUGUUUCUACACCCAGGUUAACCAGAAGAUCUGCAAGUGGUAGUAGGACACCUACUACAAUAAUCAUCAGAGAUACAGAUCAUGGAGAUGCACAAGACAGCCCAGUAAAAGCUUCCACUCCAAAAGCAGCCAACUUCACAGAAAAGCAUAGCUUGUAUACAGCAGAAUUAAUAACAGUAGCCUCUGAUUCAGAGAGUCCUAUUAGAAUGAAAUUUACCAGAAUUAGCAGUCCCCAAAAAUCUAAGAAGAAAUCUAAGAAAAGAACCAAGAAAUCUGAAGCAACUGAUGGAGAUUUUACCUCUCAAACUAAAAAGGCAAGCAAUACUUCAAAAAACGUAUCAAAAGCAAAACAAUUGGUUGAAAAAGCAAAAGCUUUACACAUUAGUAGGUCAAAAGCUGCUGAAGAAAUAAUGACACCCUUAAGGCGUUCAUCUAGACAUCAGAUUCUUCCUGAAAGGAACAAAAUGUCAGGCACAGAAGACUCUGUAAUAAUAAAUUCAAGUUCUACUUCUUUAAAGCAUCCUGAGACAAAUCAGAAGAAACUUCAGUGUCUAAAUGAUGUGCUAGGGAAAAAACCUAACAAGACUCCUAAAAAUAUACCUGGAAAAGUGAAAGUCGCACCUUUAUUUCUUACCCGAAAGGCUCAGAAAACUGCUGAUCCAAUCCUUGGUUUUGAUGAAAGCAGUCAAGAUACAUCUGAAAGAUCUCAGGAUUGUGACGUGCAGCUUAAAGCCAAGCGUGACUUUCUAAUGAGUGGUCUGCCGGAUUUGUUGAAACGACAGAUUGCAAAGAAAUCUGCUGCAUUAGAUGUGUACAAUGCAGUGAGUACCAGUUUCCAGAGAGUUGUUCACGUACAGCAAAAAGAUGAUGAGUGCCAUUUGUGGCAUUUGAAACCACCCACUUGUCCUCUUUUAACUAAACUUAAACAAUUGAAUACUAAACUAGAGGUAGAUCUCUCAAAAUGUGUUAUUGCCCUUGGUGAAUUUUCAACAUUGAAUUCAAAUUUGAAAAGGAAUAAUUCUGCUGUUGUGUUUAUGGAGAGAAGGAAAGAUUUUACUGAAGAAGUAAGAAAUCUUUUACUGGAGGAAAUUAGGUGGUCAAAUCCUGAAUUUUCUUCGAGGAAAUAUUUUCCUUUGCUUCUAAAAAAACGAGCUGAGCACCAAGUACUCUCUGAAUGUCCUUGUAAACAAGAAAUCCUACAGCUAGAGCCCAAUGUCAAUCAAAAAGAAACCAAAAGGAAACGAGUGGAAACUGAAAACCAUAAAUCAAAAAGAAAGAAACCAAAUGAGUACUCAGGAAAUCCAAAAACGAUAAAUGGAAAACCAAAAGAACUUGACAAAAGAAACAAUUCCACUGGAAUAAAGCUAAAUUCUUCCAAAGGUCGAUGUUCUAAAACAUGCAGGAGGAAUCAAACUGCUUUGAGUACCACAUGUAAAGUAGAAACAGAAGCAGCAGGAGAUUCUGAUGUUCUGAUAAUAGAUGAUGACAAAGCAUCUACGUCAGAAAUAUCUUCUAUUCCUGAUUCUGGAACUGAAGACAUGCUUUGGACAGAAAAGUAUCAACCUCAGAACUCCAGUGAACUCAUAGGCAAUGAGCUAGCUAUAAAAAAGUUGCACAGUUGGUUGAAAGACUGGAAAAGAAGAGCUGAAUUGGAAGAAAGACAAAAUUUGAAGGGAAAAAGAGAUGAGAAGCAAGAUUUGUCGGAUAGAAUUGACUUUAAAGGCAGUUCGGAUGAAGAAGAGAAUCGUCUUUGCAAUACUGUCCUUAUAACAGGGCCAACGGGCGUGGGGAAAACUGCUGCAGUGUAUGCUUGUGCUCAGGAGCUCGGGUUCAAGAUAUUUGAAGUAAACGCUUCUUCUCAGCGCAGUGGAAGACAAAUUCUAUCUCAACUAAAGGAAGCUACUCAGUCCCAUCAAGUAGACAAGCAAGGUGUAAAUGCACAAAAACCUUGUUUUUUUAAUAGCUACAACAUAGGCAGGUCACCAAAAAAAUUCAGUUCCCCUAAGAAAGUUAUGACAUCACCAAGGAAGCUUCCUCCACCAUCACCACAAAGUAGUGGACCAAAGCGAGCUCUUCCACCCAAAACUUUGGCAAAUUAUUUUAAAGUGUCUUCCAAGACAAAAAAUAAUGAAGAAAUCGGAGAACUUCUGGAAAAUAAUAAAGGAAUCAAAAAUUUUUUUGAACAAAAACAAAUUAUUCAGACUAAAUCUACAAACACAACUAAUUCAAAUGUGAAAGACUGUGGAGCCGAGGAACCCAACAGGAAAAAUGCAACAUCUCUCAUUCUUUUUGAGGAGGUUGAUGUCAUUUUUGAAGAAGAUGCUGGGUUUUUGAAUGCAAUCAAAACAUUCAUGGCAACAACUAAAAGACCUGUAAUCCUUACUACAAGUGAUCCAGCAUUUAGUUUAAUGUUUGAUGGCUGCUUUGAAGAAAUUAAUUUUAAUACUCCUCCAGUGCUAAAUGUUGCCAGCUAUCUACAGAUGAUCUGCUUAACUGAGAAUUUUAGGACUGAUGUGAAAGACUUUGUAACAUUGUUAACUGCAAACACAUGUGAUAUUAGGAAAAGCAUCCUUUACUUACAAUUUUGGAUUAAAAGUGGAGGUGGAUUCUUAGAAGAAAGGCCAUUAUCCCUUUGUCGAGGAAACAGCAGAAAUGUGCAAUUGAAUUGCUCUGAAGAUGGCCCUAAUUCCAAAAAUAACCCUAAAAAUACUAAAAGGAAUCCUAGAGACCUUCCCAAAUGUGACACUGGCUGUGUUGAUACCUUGUUUGGCCUUAAGAAUAUUUUUUCUCCAUCUGAAGACUUAUUUUCAUUUUUAAAGCACAAAAUCAAAACAAAAGAAGAAUGGCAUAAGCUCAUCCAGCUUCUUACAGAAUUCCAAAUGCAGAGUGUAGAUUUUUUAUAUAGUAAUCUUGAGUUCAUUCUUCCACUACCUGUUGACAUCAUUCCAGAAACAGAAAAGCUUUGUGGUUCGUCAGUAAGCGUGGACACCAGUGUAACAACAAAACAUAUGAACUGCCUUUCUAGGAAACAGGCUGGAGAGAAGCCAUUGAAAAAGUCACAAAAAAAGAAACGUAAGAAAAAGAUGGUAAUUCUUGAUGAUAGUGACUUAUUUGACACCAAAUUGGACUUUUCUGAAUUUCUUUGUCUACACCCUGCAUCUUCUUCCUCAAAUUCAGAAGAAAGCAAAACCAAAGAAAGCAAUUCAGAGACAAAGGAACUAAACAAAUGUUUAGAGUCUAAUAUUGAAUCUAUUCCUUGUCCUCCUAAAACACCAGCAGAAAAAAAAUGUUCUGCCCUUGUUUCCGACUGUUUAAAUUCUCUUACUGAGUUCAUGGAUAACAUGUCCUUCUUAGAUGCCCUUUUAACUGAUGGAGGGGAACGGAAGGAACUUGGUAAAAAUGACUUUAGUUGGACAAAUGGAAAGGUUAAAAGUGGACUUUGCGAUGAGUUUAGUCUUGAAAGCAGUGAUGUGUGGACUUCUCAAAGCUCUGGAGAAUUAAAGGCAGCUGUGGAAGCUCUCAGUUUCACUAAGUGUUCUUCUACUAUCUCAAAAGCGUUGGAAACCUCCUUGAGUUCUUGCAAGAAAUUAGGCAAAGAUCCAACGAAAGACCUUACUUUUUAUGUUUCACAAAAACGCAACGAUGUGUACUUUAGUCAUUCGGCUGCUAAUUUAGACUGUGCUCGGAAGAGGAUAGCAGUCAUUAAAAGUGUAUUUGCUGGCCGAUCUCUUUUGAACCUGGGGAUUAGACAAGCUAGUAUAAUUGAAUACUUGCCAACUCUUCGCAACAUUUGUAGGUCUGAGAAGCUAAAAGAACAAGGAAAAAGUAAAAGAAGGUUCCUGCACUAUCUUGAAGGAAUUCACCUUAACAUUUCAAAAGAGACUGUGAAUACUUUGGCAGCGGGCUUCCCUUAAUAUUCUACCUUAACAGUGCCUUGUACAGAUUACUAUGUGGUCGUUAAUAUACAUUUUUAUACUGGUUUUCCUGGAAGUUUGUAUCUCUUAAUGUACAUUUAAAACAGACUAUUUGUAUAUAUUAGUGUGCAGAUAUUUAAAAUGAAAACAUUUGAGUUACAAAUUGUA